CGUAAAACCCCAAAGAAGAAGAAGACGUAACCAGUAGAACGAUGACGUUCUGCCUUCCGUGGACGUAACCAGGAAGAGCCUGCUCAGUUUCCAACAUGCUAACAGACGAUAACAAUGACGAAGACGUGUCUCUGUUUGACGCGGAGGAGGAUGCAGGGAAAAGGUCAAAGAAAACCAAUAUUAGGCAUCCAGUGGCGUCCUUCUUUCACCUGUUCUUCAGAGUGAGUGCCAUCAUCGUGUACCUGCUCUGUGAGAUUUUUAGUAGCAGUUUCAUCGCCUGCAUGGUCACAAUUAUCCUUCUGCUCUCCUGUGACUUCUGGACAGUGAAGAACAUCACUGGGAGAUUGAUGGUUAGUCUGCGGUGGUGGAACCAGGUGGAUGAUGACGGACGCAACCACUGGGUGUUUGAGUCUAGGAAGGGUACCGGGAAGCAACAGGCGGCAGAUUCUGAGUCCCGAAUCUUCUGGAUCGGACUGAUUGUUUGUCCGGUCCUCUGGGUCGUCUUUGCUUUCAGCACCCUGUUUUCCUUUAAGAUUAAAUGGGUGCCUGUGGUGAUCAUGGGCGUGGUGUUGCAAGGCGCCAACCUCUACGGCUACGUGCGCUGUAAAGUGGGAAGCAGGACCAGCUUAAAGAAUAUGGCUACAAAUUAUUUUGGGCGACAGUUCCUCAAACAGGCGCUGUCUAAAGAAGAGGAAUCGUAGAGUGCAGCUCUGCGAUUUUGAACAUGUUUGCAUUGUUAUUAAUGCUAUUAUAUAUAUUAUUCUAGCAACUUGAUAGAAAAGUCUUUUUGAAAUAUUAACUGAAAUAACAGUUUUUUUUUCUUCUUUUGUUUCUUUCUAAUGUAAUGUUGCGACUCAAUCAGUCCCAAAAGAAAGUUUCUUUUUCCACAGAUAGAUCUGGUAGCUGUUUCCAGUAACCGAAGCUCAGCUAUGAAACCUCACAGACUUUUAUGCAUGAGUGGAAAAAGGGCGUAAUGGUGUGAAAUGUUAAAGUGGCAUGUAGUCGAUCAUCUCCCUGAGGUAUCUUCUUUAGUCUGUUUUCUUUAAUUUCUCUUCUUUAGUUUUUUCUUCACUGACUACGUUUACAUGCACAUAAUAUUGCGCUUUUUUCCCUUAAUACGAAAAAAGACACCAUUCCGAAUAUGCUGUUCACAUGGCUAAUGAAAACUAAUAUUCCUGCUUACAUGCAGCCGUGCAAAAUAGGAUUUUUUUCACCAAGUGUUCCACCGGUGGCGGGCUUGUUGGAGAGCGUGAACACAGCCUCCCUGUUUGAUCCCUUCAACCAUCUUCUUGAAAACGUUGACGAUGUGAUGAGUGCGCAUAUUCAAAAACCUGUAGAUAUCCCAAGUCUUUCAUACCGUUUCAAAAAGUAGCUGUGUUUCUCUGUCUUCAUAUUUUGACCGUGCCUCUCUACCGUAACCUUGCAAACGCUUGGCUGGUUGCAGAGGUGUAUCGUCCAGGUGGCAGAAAGUAAAAAUCCUGCCAUGUUUUUGGAUCUGCCUCUACAUCUAGAACAGGUGUUUUCACUAACGAGCUCAUCUACCUGGUAGAGGAGCUGGUUUAGUGAUGGUUGGGACAGCUGCUGGACAGGAUUUCUACUUUCUGGCACCUGGACUAUACACCUCUGGCUGGUUGGUUUUGGUUGGUUUAUGUACAGUAACCAUAGCAACGCACAGAGCUCACCGUAAGCCGUAAACGCACAAGAGACCGUAAACGGUCACAAACUGUGGUUUUAAAAACCUCUGAUUGACACAAAUAUCCUAAAUACGCUGUAUACAUGUCCAAAGAAUGAAUAAUAUCGGAAUAUCAAACGUCUUAAUCUAAAAAUAUUUGGAAAAAAGGUCUUUUUUUUUGGAAUAUCCAAACCGAAUAUGCUGUUUACGUGACCUGUAUGAUUGUCAUAUUGUGAAAUAAUCGUGGAAUAUUAGCGUGCAUGUAAACUUACUCAAUGAUUCCUAACUUUAAUCUUUAUAAAACGAAUAAUGUGUUUGAGAGGUGUUAUACAAACAUUUGUGUUUUUGUAUAAUGGACAAGGUUGUAAAGUAACAGUGUAAAGUAUCCCAGGAGUUUGUAAAUAUGUAUGUAAAGAAACUAUGUGGAACGUCUUCUUUUGUGCAAAUACAUUUGUAACAUUUUUCCGAA